AUGAAUUUAAAAAAUAAUCCUGAAAAUUCCUUGAAAGUCUUGGUAAAUGAAUCAAAGGAUUUGAAACAAAGUAAAAUGAAGUACGAUGAUGAAAAUCAAUUGCUACUCUCCUUUUUAUUGAAUGAAAUAGGUAGUAAGGAUUUAGAUAAUUUAAGAGAACUAUUAGCAGGACGAAAACUUACUGAGAUAUUAAGUGAAUUAAAUGAUCGAAAGCAAGAAAUUCUAAUCUUAAAUUAUGAUUUAAAAAUACAAAGAGAGGAAUCAUCAAAGCUAAGUUGUCAAUUAGCAUAUUUUCAAGAAAAGGAUAAAGUACGAGAAGAAGAAUUUAAAACCAAGCAAAAAACUAAUAACAUUUUAGAAGAAAAAAUGAGUAAUUUAGAAGAAGAAGUUGGAAAUCUAGAAGUAGAAGUCAAUACCAAACAAAAAACCUUAAAUGUUUUGGAAGAAAGGAUUAAACUGCGCGAAAUUGAAACUCAGACCAAGCAAGAUAUAAUUAAUAACUUAGCUGAAAAGGUUAGAGAACGAGAAGAAGUCGUCAAAUCCAAGCAAGAAACUAAUAACAUUUUAGAAGAAAGGAUUAAGCAGCAAGAAAUAGUAGUUAAAGCCAAGCAAGAUAUAAUUAAUAACUUGGCUGAAAAGGUUAGAAAACGAGAAGACGACGUCAAAUCCAAGCAAGAAACUAAUUUUAUUCUAGAAGAAAAGAUUAAGCUGCAAGAAAUUGAAACUAAAGCCAAGCAAGAAAAAAUUAACGAUUUAGAACAAAAUUAG